CGUUGGGAAGACAAAAAAAAAAUCAAUAAAGGAUCCCACUCAAAUAAUAUCAUCUCUCUCCUCCUCCUCCACCGCCACUACCGCCGUCCCUCUUCUGCUCCUUCAUCACCGCUGAUGUCGUCUCCAAUGGUGGAUGUGCCAGCCAUACUUGCAAGUCUAACAAAAAGAUAAAAACAGAAACGAAGAGAGAGAGAGAGAGAGAGAAAGAAAAGAAAGGAAACACAUAGAAAGAGAACGAGAAAAUCUGAUUUCUUUAGAAAGACCAAUCGGGCAAUAACUUUGCAGAUUUAUGAUACCAGAAGCAUUUAUCCUCAUUGACCAAGUUGGCAAUUUUGCUAAAAGAACACGCAAAUAACGACGUUUGAAGAUACGCGCCUAACGUCUGUCGAUGUGAGGACUAAAUCAUUAUAAAAUAGAUGAAUAGGAACCAAUUAAAUUAAAAUCACAUAAUACAAGGACCUAAGUAUGGGUUUGGGUCCUUUUCAUUUGCAGAUUUUCCAAUAAGAAACAGUACAGUGAAAAGCUGCCAGUUGGGUAAAAACUAAAAACAGGAAAAAGGAGACUAUGGCGAGUUCUGCUACCUCCUCUUCCUCCUUCUCCCCUGCUUCAGACCCCAAACUCGAUCUCGUCAGAAAGGUUAGAAGCCAUGAAGUUGCGUUAGCAGAGCUCAAUAAUCUUUCAUCCUCUAGGGGUGUCUAUCAGAAAAAUGGGAACCUUUUCUUCCGUACAACUAUUCAAAAAGCAACAGCAUCUGAACAGAAGCAGCUUGAUUCAGCUAAAGCCAAUCUGGGAAAGCUAAAUUCUCUUUGAUUACCAUUUAGUUCAUUGCUUCAGAAAUGGUUAGGAGUGCCAGAGUGAUGUCUCAUUAUAUUCUUUAGGCCUUUAACCUUUUGUAUUCUAUCCGUCUAAUUCUCUUGCCAGCAUUGUUGCUGACUUCCUGCCUGUCUUGGAAAUUUUGGGUAUAACCGUACGACUGAUGUUUAUGGUAUGUUGAAUAUUCUGUGUCCGUAUAUUUUUGGAAAAUGUUCUAAAAGGAUUAUUUUGAGCAACAUCCCUUCUUUUGAAGGCAUUUUUAUCUAGUUCAAUUAUAAUUAUUUGCUGGUUAA